CGCGCCGAGGUUCGAUGGCGUCGGUCGUUAGAAAUUUCGUGCCCUCGGGAGAAUCCAUCGGCAAUUCGAGAACCUAAGAUCUAUCUCCGUUUCACUGAACCCACUCCUAGAAUAGUAAGGAAAGGGAGCCGAUUCUGAAGAUAAUAAUACCGCUUAGAAGGGAGGAGGACCUUUUUAAUGUUCUUGGUCGGUGCCGCUAACUUCGAUUCUCUCACUGAGUCGUCACGUGACGUCGGGUAGGGGAUUGGAUUUAAGGCAGGAUCUCUCUUUAUCGACCGAGCGGGAAAUCGUACUCGAAGGUGGGCAUGGGUCUGACGGAUACCAGUUUCGAACUACUUCUGACUCUGUGGCGGGUUUUGGGCACGGGAGUCCUCUGGACCUGCGGCCUCUCGCAGUGCAGUGGUGCCUGGACCGGCCGCGACACCGCCAGCCUCGGCCAUUAGCUCUUCUCUACUGGGACCGCGGGGAUGCCAUCGAAGGUGGUCAAGACGACGACCCCUGCCGGGGUCGACGGCGACGGUGACGGCGAGAGAAGAGAGACCUGGUCCGGGAAAGUGGACUUCCUCCUGUCCGUCAUUGGAUUCGCCGUCGAUCUUGCCAAUGUCUGGAGAUUCCCUUACCUGUGCUACAAGAACGGGGGAGGUGCAUUUCUGGUGCCGUACUGCGUGAUGCUAGUAGUCGGUGGAAUUCCCUUGUUCUACAUGGAACUUGCUCUUGGCCAGUUCAACCGGAAAGGUGCCAUUACAUGCUGGGGACGUCUGGUUCCGCUUCUCAAAGGAAUCGGAUAUGCAGUGGCCUUGAUCGCGUUCUACGUCGACUUCUAUUACAACGUGAUCAUAGCCUGGGCACUUCGGUACUUCUUUGCCUCCUUUUCGAGUAUGUUACCCUGGACGACGUGCGACAAUCCUUGGAACACUCCUCUCUGCCGGGAAUUCGACGUGAACGUUUCCUACAUCGAUGACUUCCCCGAUCCGGAGAUCGAUUCCUGGUCAAACGUCUCGACGAGUUUUCGGAACGGUGUCGUCAAUGCAUCCUUGGAGGAUUAUGGAAACAGCACGAUAUAUACCAGCGCCGCGCAGGAAUACUUCAACCGGGCCAUCCUGGAGCUGCACCAGAGCGCUGGACUGCAUGACUUGGGAGCCAUCAAGUGGGACAUUGCCUUGUGCCUCCUCAUAGUCUACCUCAUCUGUUACUUCUCCUUAUGGAAAGGAAUUUCCACCUCGGGAAAAGUGGUGUGGUUCACCGCCCUGUUUCCGUAUGCGGUUCUCCUGAUUUUACUCGUACGUGGAGUGACAUUGCCCGGAAGUGGCGAAGGCAUCCGCUAUUACCUGAGGCCGAACUUCACCGCCAUCACGAAGGCGGAGGUGUGGGUGGAUGCCGCUACGCAGGUCUUCUUUUCCCUUGGCCCAGGAUUUGGCGUACUCUUGGCCUACGCGAGUUACAAUAAGUAUCACAACAACGUUUACAAGGAUGCCUUGCUGACUAGCUUGAUAAACAGUGCGACUUCGUUCGUGGCCGGUUUCGUGAUAUUCUCGGUUUUGGGGUACAUGGCACGAGCCAGUGGAAAAUCCAUUCAAGACGUGGCCACGGAAGGUCCAGGGUUGGUCUUCAUCGUUUACCCUGCAGCGAUUGCAACAAUGCCAGGAUCUAUAUUUUGGGCUUUGAUUUUCUUCAUGAUGUUACUGACCCUUGGUCUGGACAGCUCGUUCGGAGGAUCCGAGGCAAUCAUCACGGCGCUAAGUGACGAGUUCCCGAUUAUUGGCAACAAUCGCGAAAUCUUUGUCGCCUGCCUUUUCACGCUCUAUUUCCUCGUGGGACUUGCAUCUUGCUCUCAGGGAGGUUUUUAUUUUUUCCAUCUCUUGGAUCGUUACGCUGCUGGUUAUUCGAUGCUAUUUGCUGUCCUGGCGGAAGCUAUCGCAAUUAGUUGGAUCUAUGGAGCUGAUCGUUUCUGCGCCGACAUUAAAGACAUGAUUGGUUUCUCACCCGGCCUUUAUUGGCGAGUCUGCUGGAAAUUCGUCGCCCCCAUAUUCAUCAUGUUCAUCAUAGUCUAUGGGUUGAUGGGGUACGAGCCGUUGACGUACGAAGACUACGAGUAUCCUGUGUGGGCCAAUGUCCUCGGUUGGCUCAUUGCAUCCUCCUCCAUUGCCAUGAUUCCUGGAGUAGCUAUCUACAAAAUCAUCACGACGCCUGGAACAUUUGUACAGAGGAUGAAAAUUUUGACGACACCUUGGAGAGACACUCAGCAACGGGCUACGUUCUCUUCCGUGGCGAACGGUGCUGUGAGGAGGAGUUUCCUCGCAGGGGAAGGCUUCGAUGUCACAACGGCAGAGGAAGAAAUGACGAAGGAGCAGACGGAGGUCAUGAUCCAGCCCUGUGAAGAAAUCAAUGGAGAUCCUCCUCCUGAACCCGUGUAGGACAAUACCGUAGUAAUCCUGCACGGUGCUCGGUUCCAAGUUUACCUUUGUUAGCGUAAACCAAAUCCGUAGCUUCGUCUUUACGAAUUCUACGCUCUGCCGGGGUUUGUUACAGAAAUUAACGCGAGAUCGUCUUCUUACGGAAAGACUGAAGUGCGGUAGGACUGGUUGUGUGAUUUUGCCUUUAAGUGGUAGAAUGUUGAGCCUUUUCGUUUUUUUUCUUCCCUGAAAACGUGAUGAUGUUCAUGUCACCUCAUUGCAUUUCAUUACAAGAAUUGUGAAUCUAAUAAUAGGCGAGAAUUAUUCAUGAUUGGACAUUCAUCCUACAUCCGUGAGUUUCUAUAAGCAAGAAUGUGUAUAAGAAAGCUGGCAGAUGUGGUUACUUGUAUGUGUCCUAUUAUGAGCCGUCGUUAAAGCGUGAAAUAUUUAUAACAAGGGGUUUACAAAAAACGUGCAAAGUCUAACGGUCAGAAUCUGCCAUUUUUAUUGCGAGGAACAAUAUUUAACAGUGAUGUAAUAGAACUUUUAUGUCACUGCGGUAAUACGACCAAGUAAAGAUGCAAAGGGCUCAGCGAAAUUGUGAAAAAUAACGACAAUUUCGCUGCGAGGUAUGAUGUGCACUUUUUAUUCGGGACAACUCUUUGGAAAAGUACUUAUUCACGUUUUCUUCGAUGCCACGUAUCAUUUUUAUUUUUCUAUUGUGGAUAAAUAGCUGCCUUUUAUAAAUUAAUUACAGAGACUUAUACUGUCUUAAUGACAUUAUAUCUUCCUUUUUUGAACAUUUGCUAAAAUUUCUCUGUAAAUAAUCCGAAGCUAGUUAAACCAUUUGUAGCUUCUUAUGAAACAAUACUCGAUUGACGGGCCAUUUCGGUGAAAUGAAUGAUAAUUAUUGAUGUAAAGGAGACUUUUCGUAAGGUAUAUUACAUUUAAGAGAAAAAGGGCGUCGCCGCUUUUACUCAGAAGGGAAAUCUUGAGAGGGCGAAAUGUAGGUCAAGGCUUUAGUAGAAAUGUAGUUAAAUAUCUCUUAAGCUUCACAGAGUGCAAGCCGGAUCUUGUAUUCUGGAGAGAUCUUUUUUAGAUUUUAUUCAUCACUUAUAUCCCCUUCAAUAUCGUCCAUAAAGAAUUUCAGCGGGACUUUUUGUACCUAAUGACAUAUUCCACCGUACUUGCAUUUCUUAGCAUCUGGUGUUUAACAAUGUUUGCAAAAAUCUGACUUAUUCCAACGAAAUUCGUCGUGAAUAUUUCCUAACGAGAGAUAUUUAUCUACCAUUAAUAUUUAUUGAACAAUGAUUUAUCCAUUGCUUUGUGUAUACAAAAUCAACGGGUUUACGAUUCCUUUGAUUUUAUCCCUUGACGUUGUUAUACAAAGGUAUUCGCUGUUAGACUAUUAUAUUUUAUAAGAAAGGACAGAUUUAUUUCCCGUUCUGCAGAAGUAGGAAAUACUAUUUAAGAUGUUACGCUUUGUUAAGGAUAAGAAAUUGUAAUGUGUAAGUGGGCGUUACUCUCGAACGAGGGCCGACAGUUUAGAACCAAAUACCUGAUGUUUACUAUACAAGAGAUAUAGUAAUCUGCUCGUCUUGAUAGUACCUUAUAAGACUAUAAAUUCAUAAAUUGGGCGAAGCGGAUAUAAUAUGGACUACACUCAAUUGUCACGCUUUCCCAAAAAACAAUGCUAUAACGCGACACGUAAUUCACGCUAUACGUAAAUUACCUGUAAACCAACUCGAUCGACGAAUUAAUUGAAACGGCGAUAAACCCAUGAAAGUAAAUCGAGAUCAAAAUGAAAAGUCGAAGCGAGACUGGCCAUGAUCGUUGCACAUAGUGCAAUAAAUAGACGCGGCGUAAUUCGACCUUUUCGACAGAUCAGGAUUGCAAUAAUAAUACUAGCAGGGACAAUAGCGAUUAAGUAAUUCGUAAGGCCUCUGUAACUCGUGCGAUUACCAUUCGUUCGCUUUAAAAGACGAUGUAAGUACGGUAUGUCGUAAAUCGCAGGAAGAGAAUCUGUAAACAUAUCCGAGAGAAAAUCGGAAAUGGUAAUACAUUCGACCAAACACCAGUAACUUAAGCAACGUUUCCACGUAACUUAGAUUAAUAUUAUUUAUUAAUUAUUUCACGGGCGCUAAUGCGGAGUUUAAUUUUAAUUUCAGUAUUAUUUUCAAUUAUUUAAGCAUUAAGACGUGUGAGAGAAUGUGUCUCUGUUGGUCACACACGGACUCAAGGGUAUUCUCAGAAUUUCUAUUGAGAAGACUUUAGUCUGUAGGUGUGGAAAUAUGAUAUAUAUAUAAUAAUUAAUUAUGAGCAUUCAUACGCGGUACCGUACUACCUCUAUAUGCAAUUGCGAAUGUUCAUACAAAUCAUGCCGUGAGUCUUGCAGCCAUAUUCACGAUCGCGUGAUUAGACGAAUGUUCGCGUUCCGUAUGAUAAGAAUUUAGAAAAUGUUACGAAUCAAAAUUUAGAUUACGAGGAGAAGGAUAAGUUCCCGUAGAAGAAUUAUACCGUGCUUUGAAAUAUUAUCUCCCGAAUAGUCAGAUUGUCUAGAAAAAUUAUUUUUCUUUAGUCUUAUGGUCUACCAUGAUAUAUUAUAAAUUAAGUCUAUGUUUAUCGAAACGAAAGAACAGUUUAACAGGAAUUUUAGAUGUAAAUUUUCCACGUGCAUUUAAUUUGCGUCCCUAAAGUUGUUUAACUGUGUACUAAAAGACAAAAGUUAAAUGGGUUAAAAACUGUCACUACUGAGUAAGAAAUCCCUCCCGAUGAUUGUGCAGUAGAGUCAUUGGCGUAAUUGUAGAGAGCGAUAGUUUGUAGAUAUUGUUGUUAAAUAAGUUAUAUACAUAUAUAUAUAUAUUUUGUACAUCGCAUCUGAGCUGCGGCCACAGCCAUAGGUAGCAGCUCAGGCCUUGUUGAUAAUAAUAGGUGAUAAUUGAUGCCAAGUUAACGAAUCCCAGUCUGGUAGGCAAAUUAUAAGUACUCCGUUUGACGGAUAUUUGCAUAAACAUUCUACGUCGGAAGUCAUUCAUACUGCGAUCUGAAUUCUCGGUGGCCAUGCACCUCCAAGAGCCAUAUUGGACGCGCAUCCACUGAGAAGAAUAAAUAAUUAUUUUAUAUUAAAAUUCUUUAUAACCAUUGAUGUUAUUAUUAAAUUAUUAUUAGCGCUCAAUUCCGGCGCCAUUGAUUUCGAUUUUGUAGAGUACGGCCAAGAUGUAACCAUCGUUUUGAAUCGAAUAAAAUUUGUUUGUUUAAUGAAA